AUGGCAUCGAACGCCCCUCUUCUCCAGAAGCCUGCGGGCUCCAAGCGUGCCAAGUUGUCCGUGCUCUAUGGCGCGGAUGAGUACCUGGAGGAGUUGAAGAGGAAGUACGAGGUAGACCACGAGAUUGCCAGCCUGAAAGCCAUCAUGCCAGACCAGGGUGACCCUAACGCUGGGAAGGCCAAGGAAGGCGAAGGCAAGAUGCUGAAGAUCGAUAAGGACGAUGCCAACAGGAGCAAGAAGACUGGCCGGCUGUUCCCAACCCCGAACAAGCCGGACCCCAUGCCGCCUGAGCUUGCGUUUCUGUUCACGAAGAUCACGCCAGAGCAGAUGAUGUACAUGUGGAACAUCUUGACUCUCAUCUUCGUGUCCCAGUGUGCGAUGGUGGUGGCCUACUGCGCCGCUUUGGCGUUCUUUCCGGACUAUUGGUGGACGUGUACGGUCAUUUUCGGCGUCCCGUUCGCCUACAUCGCUAUCCAGAACAUCUAUAUUGAUCACGAUGUAAUGCACGGAGCUACUUUCCCUCCCCACGAUUGGCAGGAGUACAUCACGCAUCCCUUCAGCGAUUUCUUUUCGCUGCCCUGGAAGGAGUUCGUGCUCGAGCACAACCGGCACCACGCCAGCACCGUGGACCUUCUGCAGCAGGGCGAGUUCGGGUGGGAUCCCGAGGAGUUCCAGUACUGGUUGCUGGAGUGGACGUGGAGGCACGGGAAGUACCCCUUCCCCAUCCACCCCUUCGGCCUCUUGCUCACUGGGGCGCUGCUGCCGUUCAUCCACUUCGUUGGCCUGAAUGAUACCGGGGCCCUCUUCGCGCUGGAGUGGUAUUUUCACUUUCCCGACGAGGGUGCGGGGGGCAAGUGCAACAAGGAGUUCUGGAAGAAGUGGCUGCCGCGCCGGGCUCAGCACUCGCUCUUCGUCGCGAGCCUCUGGGCGUGCGUCUGGCUACUGGGCACCUGGCCGCUCGGCCGUCCGCUCAGCGAGGGCUGGCGCUUCAUGCUCACCGUGUCCUUCUUCGCGCGUUGCGGCUUCUCGGCUGCGUGGAUGUUCAUCACCAACUUCACCCACUCGCACCCGUGGAACCAUUUCCUGGCGAAGGAUCCGGAGAGGCAGUGGCCUUUGCUCCACGACGUCAUGGCCUUCGUGCUGGGCGGCAAGCACCGCUGGAACGAGAUGCUCUUCCACGACCUCCAUCACGCAUUCCCUAAUGCGGUGGGUACGCUGAGCCAGCGUGGUCGCUUCCACGGGUGGCAGAAGGUCCACGACGCCUCGGUGGAGGUGCUGGCCCGUGGUCUUUGGAAGGCCAAUGGCGACGAGGAGACAGAGAUGCAGAAGACGCAGCGCAAGCGAUCCCUUCUCAUGAAGAACAACAGGAAGUGA